AUGGCCGUGGCUACCAUAGUAGGCACGCUAACGGAAGAGCUGGUCGCGACCGUUGCGAACCUUGAUGAUAAGGACACGCCGCGAUUUAGAAACUUGAAGCGACGCGCUGAAGAGACGUUCAAGUCUAACUUCCAUGUGCGCACGAACCAGUUUGACGUUGCGAGUCAGCUUGAUGGCCUGCAAGAGAAGUUCCAGGUUAUCAAUAAAGAUGACCUGGCAGAUGCUUUGCGGUCACGCUUGACCGAGCUCAAUGAACACCGAAGCUCUUGGUUUCCGGAGUUUCUUUCUCUGCUACUGCAGCUUGCAGACCGUCCGACGCAGCUAUCGAGCCUAGAUCGCAUUGAGCGACCAAAGCUGGAGCAGGUCGAGUCAAUCUCCUGGAACGACUUGGACGCUGGUGGGUCGGCAUUCUGCGAUGAAGACAUCUGGGAAACCGUUGAUUUUGGAGCAGAAUCUUCCGAUGAUGAUCUACCGUCUGUGUCUAGCGCGGACCACCAUUCACGGAAUUUACCAUCCACUUCUGUAGCCCCGGACGAGGACUAUGUCAUCCCAGAUGAUGCCUUUUCUUCAUUGGAUGACGAUGAUCUGCUCCUAUCAAUAAAAAGCGCACAAUUCUGGAGAGACGAGAACCAUGAUAGCAUCGAUAAAUACCAGAAAUACUCGUCUCGUGUCAUAACCGAGCUCCAGGUUAUAAGAGAGUCCAUCUUCAUGCUUCAAGGGCUUCCUACGUCGAUAUUCUGGCGGCUCGACGAUAGUAUCGAGAUGGAUCGGAGGUACAAGCUGGCCCAAGUGUCCGAUGAAACUUUCUUACCAUUAUUACGAACCUUGUGCUUUAUCGGGGCCCGAGUAGAUAUCCUCAGACGAUACGUCAGGCUUCCGCAAUCUAUUGCGCAUAUGCAGACAUUCCGCCGGGCUCUUGAGGACUGCCUGGGGGCUUUUGACGCGUACUUGUCGACUGUACAAUCCCAAUAUCUUUCGCAGAGUGCAACCGUUGCCGUGAGCCUUCUGCAGUUAUCUGAAGACGCCCACAGAGAGUCCAGGCUACUGCUACUUUUGGCGGAUAUUGUCUCCAAACUCCAGCGCGGCGGAUCGGAAAACCCCGUUCGGUGCCUGGAUCUACUAUACGACCUGGUUUGCAUGACACAGGCCACAGGCCAUGAUGACGAAUUCAAAUUUUUGGCUAAAAUGUUUUUCUCAUGCUUCGAGACGUAUGCACGGCCGUUGAACCUUUGGAUGGAGACAGGGGAGUUGAAGGACUCAAUUGGUGGAACGCUUUUCAUUCUUGACAAUAACAACAGUAGCGAUCUGGGGACACUUUGGCACGACUGGUACACUCUGGAUGAGGCGUCAAGGCUUUUGAGUGCCCCUAAAUUUAUCCAACCGCUUGCCCGCAAGAUCUUCACCACAGGAAAGAGUACGAUCUUUCUACAACAUUUGAAUGUUUCUCAUGAUCAGGAGCACCAAUGCGUGGGUUCGCUGACGUUUGACGACGUCUUUCCGCAAGACGCGUCUUCGCUUUAUCUCCCGUUCUCUGCUUUGAUGGAGUCUGCCUUUGGAAAACUGGUUGACAGGCAACAUGCCCUUAAAUCGAGCUGGCUGCGACAGGCACUUGAUCAACAGUGUCCCCUGGUGGCAUCACUCGAAGCACUGGAACAUAUUUAUCUCUGCAAAGACAUGAGCGUCGUUGGGCCCGUGGACAAGAAGAUCUUCGAGCUUAUCGACCGCGGCAAAGGUGCUUGGAAUGACAGAUACUUGCUCACCGAAUUGGCACGGAGUGCAUUCAGCGCGUUGCCCGAGAUUGAUCCGUCCAAGCUGACUGUUCGACCCAACGAAGAUGUCGGCGACAAGCUCGAUCGCCAUCGGUCCGUGAAGAUCCUCGAAACCAUCUGGUUCGAUUACACCUUGCUCCCGCCCGUUGCAAAUAUCAUCACUGAGGAUGCCAUUCUGAGAUAUCGGCGCAUUUCAACAUUUCUCAUGCAGAUCCGCAGGGCAAUGUACACGAUCCAAAAACAGCGCCUGCAGUAUUCCAAUGGACCAGGCCAAAUGUCUGACAACGGCACCAACCCCGUGGACUAUGUUUUGCGACAUCACAUGCUGUGGUUCUUGAAUACUCUGUAUAGUCACAUGACAGGGUUCGUUGUUUCAACGACUGUCGCGUCACUGCGUAAGGCACUAGACAGGGCCACCGACGUGGAUGCCAUGAUCGCUGCCCAUCGCGCACAUAUGGUCUCUUUAGAAGACCAGUGUCUUCUAUCCAAGAACUUAUAUGCUCUCCAUCAAGCCAUUAUCACGCUGCUUGACUUGUGCGUGAGCUUUGCGGAUCUCCAAGCUAUCAAGCGAGGUGUAUCACAAGCCGAGUGGUCUAAGCCGUCGCGACAUGAGGACGAUGACGACGACAGCGAUGCUUCUGAUGCCGACGAGGACGCGAUGGCCGCCUCCUUCCACGAACACCAACAUAAUGAACGGCUCCAUGAUAUCAAAAAUCAAUUUGACCGGCUCGUCGGUUUCAUGACAGCCGGACUGAAGGGCAUUGGACGAGUGGAUGGCCAGCUUAGCUGGGACAUUCUAGCAGAGAAGCUCGAAUGGAGAAAGGCACGUUCAGGGCUGAACGGCGCUUGA